AGCCAUCUUUGUGCUCUAACUGCUUUACCUCGCUAGUUGCAAUAGAAAGUACAUCAAAAUAAAUGACGUCAUAGAAUUCAAGGCAGUACUUUCGGAGUGCACUACUCUUUAUAUCGAAACGCUAUUCGUAGUACUGAUAGUACUCGGAGUAAAUAAAGGAAUGCACCCAGAAUCGACACAGCGUGAUCGCAGCGCAUCCUCCGUAACGUUGCUACGAAAAAUUGGGCAGAUCCUUCAAAGGGAUUAUCCACAUCCGGUAUUAUCUGUCGUUACGGGAAAACGAUAAUUGACAGUAGUAUUGUGUGUAAAUGCGAGCAACGACAAAUAUGGACUUAUCUUGUCAGAAUUCUAGCACAAGUACUGAAUAUUUGCUCGGUCAAUUGAAUAUAGCUAGACAAGAAAUUAAUAAUCUAAGACAACAAGUUAAAAGCCUAAGGUAUAUACUCGAUAAAGAUGUUGAUAAUAUCAAACGUUUACUGGAAUUGAAAAAGAAUGAAGAAACUCUUUCGCAGUCUAAACUAAUAUCUUCAGAAGAAGCAAAACCUGGUACGAGUAAAGAUCAAGAUAUUCUCAAGUUAAAACCCAUUGGUAUCAUUUCUACUUGGUUCCCCAAUAAAAGAGCAACUCCAAGACAACCUGGCAUAUGUGGGAAAGUUCCAGGAAAGUUGACACUUUUUAAUACUGUAUUUACAAAUCCAGAUCAUGCCUUGCAGGGCUUGCAAGAUUUUUCUCACAUGUGGAUUUUAUUUCACUUUCAUAGAAAUGAUUCGACUCAUACUCGUGCAAAAGUGGCACCACCAAGAUUAAAUGGAAUAAGAACAGGUGUUUUUUCUACACGAUCUCCACAUCGGCCAUGCCCUAUUGGCCUUAGUCUAGUUAAAAUCCUAAAAAUUGAAAAUUACACUAUUUAUUUCGAGGGUGUCGACAUGAUUAAUCAAACCCCUGUUUUAGAUAUAAAACCAUAUAUACCGCAAUAUGAUAACCCAUUACAUAUUGAAAAACUAGGCAAUAGAUUGAGAGAGAAUAAUGCAAAUGUCUCGGAUAUGUUUCAUGAUACAGACGAAACCUUUAAUUUGAGCGAGAGUUAUACAGUUGAUUCUUUUAGCACAGAUACAGAUGUCAACAAUGAUGAACAGAUAGAGAUUGAUAUCUCCAGAGAUGAGGAAAUAGCUCUGAGACUUCAAGUAGAAGAAUAUCAAUCUUAUCCAAAUCUCAAUGGUUAUGAUAUUGCGAGACAAUCUUCACAAUUGGCAGAAACUCACGCCAAUACUUCGUUACAAAAUGACAUUAAUGUAGAUGUACACAGAGGAACGUACUCUAUUCGAAAUGGAACAUCUCGUACAUCGAAUUUGAAUUCAUCUGUUGAACAUGAUGCAACGUUAAUAGUUGAAUCACAGAUGGAUUCUGUCAGGGAUUUGAAUAAUAGAUUACACAGAAUAGAUAUAAAUAACUCAGAUAAUACAGAAUCAAGACAUUUAGAAAGAAAUGAUGAUACUCAAGUUAAUUAUAGCGAAAAUCAGACUUUACGUAACUCUAGACUCUUAGAUGGGGCAGAUGGACCAAGCACGGUUUGCGGUACCGACAUAGAUUUAAUCAAUCGUCAUAUAUUACAUACAAGAGUUGAUAACUCUCCAGUAAGAAUGGGUAUACGCGAAGCACCCGAUGGAGAAGAGGGGCUUGAAUCUCAAAGUUUGACACCUUCGCGUACUUUACCAGAUAUUCAUGCUGCAGCAGUUAUAUCAUCUGGACCGACGGUAAAUACGGCGACAGAAAGUAACUUUUCUGAAAUAAGAGUACCAGAUUGGAUUUCGCAACCUCGUACAACAACAUUAUCCGUGAUUUUCAACGAACGCGCUUUGAUGCAAUUAAAUGAAAUUCUAGAUGAUAAAGUUGAUGAGCAAAAACGAGCUAUAGAAAAUGUCCUAAGGGAAGAUCCUAGAUCGGUUUAUUUAAGACAAAGAUGGGGAGGUAAUCAGUUUUAUACCUUUUUAAUACACGAUCUGCAUAUUACAUGCAGAUUCGAUGAUAACAGAGGUAUUGUUACUGUAUUUCAAGUCCGACAUGCAGGUCGUACAUGUGAUUGCGGUGAGCCCGAGUGGCAAUGCUUAGGACACUCUCCUCUAUCUUAAUAUAUCAUAUUAAGGAAUUUAGAGAAAAAUAAAAUGAAUUAGAAAAUAAAAAAAAUUCUAUCACUAUAUCACAAUUUAUUAUAUGAAAAAAACGUAAUUGUUAUUUAUUUAUUUUUAUAUUUUUAGAUAUAUUUUAUUCUUGUAAAAUAAUUUAAUUUUUUUAUAAGUUUAUUUAGCAAUUAUUUAGUUAAUAGAACAUUUUUUUUUGUAAAAUGAAAAUAAUUUAAUGUGUAUGAGAAACGUCUCAUAUUUAACCAAUACUUUAUUGCAAGUGUACGAGUUCCUACAUUCUGUUAUGUACAAUUAUAAUUUAUAUCAUAUUUAUAUUGCAAGGUAUUUGUGCAAAGUAAAAACAAAAAAAUAGAUGUUUAUUUUAUAUAUUUUACAUAAAAUUGAAGAAAAUUAUAAGAACUACAUUUCUUUGAACAGAAAUGUGCCCUAUUAAAAGAUAUUCUGAAUAUCU